GUUACGUCUGGUCAUACGGGCAAAAAACGGGUUUCUUUUCCUUUUGAUGGACCACGUCCAGCUCAAAGCAAAGAAGCGUAUCUGCUUCAACCUCUUUCCGAGUUUGGUGAUGUCCUCACAUUGCCUCUCACGGACAUGAAGCCAUCUUUAGAUCUUGGAGAUGAGUCCCCAUACAAGCUCUCAGUCCAUGGGUUGCUGCUCGCUGACAUCACUCGGCCCUGCAUGCAGCUCCAUACGAGCAAAAGAGUUGGAAUGGAACUUGUUCAAAAAGUGACGGGAUGCAAGAAGGUGGUGGUAUCCGCUGCUGUCCUUCGGGACGAACUAUACACCCAAGGCGAUCCAGCUUCUGCUACACAAACAGAAAAGAACGGACAAGACGCAGUCAAAAAAGACACGUCUGAGCUGUUUCCAAAUUCGCCGACAGAUGGUAUAUGUCCUGCUCCGAAAGUGCAUCUUGAUCUUACCCCGAAGGGUGCAAGAUAUCACAUUCGAAAGUACCAUCGCGAAGUUACUUCAGCGACUGAGCAAGUCAUCGAAGCAGAGAACCGGUUGCUUGAAUCCGGAGACUUUUAUCAAGGAAAAGAGGGUGGUGGUGGAAUACCUCGAUUCGCGCUUUUCUCGAUAUGGCGGCCUCUGAAGCCAAUUCUUGCUCAUCUGGGCAUAAUUGAUCCCCAUUCCCCCGACUUAAAUGUCAACAAUCAACGGCCGGUUCAAAAUGGAACAUGCGAAACCUACGGCUAUCUGGCUUAUGGGCCACGGGACAAGGAGCAAAAGGCCCAUGGCUGGCACUUUGUUCCAGAGCAACAGCCUUCUGACGUCUUGGUAAUCGAACUCUUUGACAACGAGACGGAGGCGCAUGCAAGAGCACCACAAUAA